UUUUCUUCUCAGUAGUUCUCCUCUCUUCUCGUCAUACAAGUCUCAUCAUUCCACAAUGUACAAAUCAGUCACAUCACGAGCCGCAAGGCAAUUCAUACAGCCGUCGCGCGUUAGCCGACGAUAUGCCUCGACACCGGCUGCCUUUGACUGGAAAGAUCCUCUUGGAGCGAACAACCUCUACACAGAGGAAGAGCUCGCGAUUUCAGAGACGGCAGAGUCAUAUUGCCAGGAACGAAUGCUGCCGCGAGUACUUGAGGCCUACCGACAUGAAAACUACGACAAGAAGAUCUUGGAGGAGAUGGGCGAGCUGGGCUUGCUAGGAGCAACGAUCAAGGGAUAUGGUUGUGCCGGAGUGUCUUCUGUCGCAUCGGGGUUAAUCACAAGAGCAGUGGAGCGAGUGGAUUCGGGCUACCGGUCGGGUAUGAGCGUACAGUCUUCGCUCGCGAUGGGUGGUAUUGAGGAGUUUGGGUCGCAAGAGCAAAAGGACAAGUUUCUCCCGGAAAUGGCGAAGGGGAAAAUGUUGGGCUGCUUCGGCCUGACUGAGCCCAACCAUGGCUCGGAUCCUGGCAGCAUGGAGAGCGUCGCAAAGGAACAUCCUACUAAGAAGGGAUACUACUCUCUCUCAGGCAGCAAGACGUGGAUCACGAACUCGCCGAUCGCGGAUGUCAUGCUCGUGUGGGCGAAGUUGCAGGAGACUGGCAAGAUCCGGGGGUUCCUUGUCGAGCGAUCUCAGGCUCCACCGGGCGCACUCGAGACACCCAAGCUAGGAGACAAGAACGGUCUGCGAGCUUCCAUCACCGGCAUGAUCCACAUGGACGAGAUGCCGGUCGCAAAGGAGAUGAUGCUGCCCGAGAUUGAGGGUCUUCGAGGACCAUUCUCAUGCUUGAACAGCGCACGAUACGGUAUCGCUUGGGGUGUGAUUGGUGCUCUUGAAGAUGCGAUCGACCGAGCACGCACAUACGCGUUGGAGCGCAAGCAAUUCAAGAACAACCCGAUUGCCAAGUACCAGCUUGUGCAGAAGAAGCUUGCCGAUGCGACGACCGACGCAGCGUUUGGCAUCCUCGCGGCGUACCAUGUCGGUCGCCUGAAGGAUGAGGGCAAGGCGGCGCCCGAGAUGAUCUCUAUGAUCAAGCGUCAGAACUGUGAUCGAGCGCUUGUUGGCGCGAGAAAUCUACAGGAGAUCUUUGGAGGCAAUGCUGCGAGUGAUGAGUACCAUAUUGGAAGGCACGUGUCCAACUUGUUUGUGACGCAGACAUAUGAGGGACAGAGUGAUAUUCACGCCCUCAUCCUUGGACGUGCCAUCACUGGCAUUCAGGCUUUUGUUUGA